AUGAUAAUUAAGUCUAAAGCUACAGUAACAAAGAUAAAGUUGCCAUAAUUGGCUAUGAGUCAUAUUCGAGAAAGGUCAACUAGACAUUCAAAGACUAGAUCUUUAAAUCCAUCUCAAUCUCCAGUAUCUAAAAUGUUAUAGCCAACAACUCCUUUACAUUCAACUCAUCAUAAAAACUAAUCCUAUUAUCAUUAUUCUAGUAUAAUGAAAAUAGAAUAAACUCCUCUCAAUGAAGUAGAAAUGUUCAACUGUUUAUAUAAACCACUUGAUGCUAUUCCUUCUAAUAAAAAUAAAGAUAGUGCUCUUAAGCGUAUGCGUAACAGUAGUAAUGAAAACUUUCAAAAUAAUUUUAUGAUAUCUCGAGAUCCUCGUAGAAGUGCACCUGAUUUAGACAUGUAUCCAAAUCAUUUAAUGAAACCUUAAUAACAAAAUCAGACAAAGAGAAUCGAAAUAAGAGAGAAAAUUAUGGAAAUAUAUCAUUAAGUUGAGAAAUUGUUAAAAAAUCAUAAAGGUUAUGUUAGAUAGAUUGAGAAAAAGUAGGCUAUUAUUACAUUAGUAAAAUUGAGAAAAGAAUUCAUACUUUUAAAUUAAGAUUAUAAUGAUUAUUAUAUAUUACCAUAAGCAAAACCAGAUGUUGAAUUUUAAACUAGAAUGGAAAUGCUUAUUAAAUUAUUUUAACCUAAUAAAUUGUAAAAGAGUAAUAAUAGGAUUAAUUUACUAUUUAAUUUAGAUGAAUCAUUUAAUACAGCUGAAUAAAGUUAAAUAAUGCAAUUAAUGUCUGAUUAAUUGAGUGAUUAGGAUAUAUAUAAUUCAACCUCUCAAUAAUCUUGUGAAAAUUUAUCUGAAAUGUCUGGAGCUAUCAGUUAAUCAAAAAGAAAUGCUUAAUAACAUAGAAAUACUAAAGUUUCAGUAUCUAAAUAGUCUAAGAUAAUUAAUCCUAUAGAGUAAAUCUAAAUAUAACAAAUACAAGUUGAUUCAUAAAAAUAGAAACGUAAAAGUAUUCGAUAAGAUUAAAAGGAAUCUAAAACAUAAAUUCCUCGUAAAUAUACAAAAUUAAGUAUUGAAGAUAUCACUGAUAAUAAAGAAAAAGAUGCUAAUAUUAAUUAUUUUGAAGAUGAAAAUUAACCAAGUGAAAAUGGAACUGCAGAUAAAGGUACAGAUACUAAGAGAAGAGUUAGAAGAGAUGCAAAAAUUAUUAGCAGAAAAAAUGGUAUUUUUGAUGCUAAUGGUCAACUUAUUGAUAAAAAAAAUUAUAGAAUCAAUACUGAUGGUUAAAUGGUUAGUGAUUUAAUAUCAGAUUAAGAUAAAUCUAGUGAUAAUAGAAGAUAAUCUGAAGAAACAAAUAGAUAUGGAUUAGAAAAUAGAGAAGAUUUAUUAUCUAAUUAAGAACAAAUUGAAGAGAUUUUAAAUUAAGUUGAGAAUGAAUUAAUGACUUAUCAAAGAGGAGAUCAAAAUGAUAAUUCUAAAAAAAGAACAAAACCAAUGGAAUUUAAUAAUAAUAAUAAUCAAUAAUCUAAAACUAAAUUCUAAUAAUAACAAAGUAGAUAUGAUCAAAAUCUUAUCAUUAAAUAAAGUUAAAUUUAUAAAACAGAACCUGAGUUUUUAAAUUAAAUUAUUGAUGAAACUGGUUUGAUCCAAGCCUUAUAUAAUUGUCAAUACAUUUAUGAUUCUCGAAUUUUGGAUCUAUAUAGAAUAGACAAACAAUAUACUACAUGGGAUGAUGAUAUAGAUUAUAUAUACUGUGGGGAGUAUUAAUUCAGAUGA